CAGAUGCUGGGCCGUAGAACGGUUUUGGAGGGCAAUACGAGAGCGGAGCAGGCAGCAGGCGCCGCAAAACAAACCUCCGCGCGGCGCCGCCCCCGACCUCCGAGAGAGAAGCGAUGGUGAUGGACGAGCCCCUCGACUUCGAGAAGGAGGAGGAUCCCCUCCUCCCCUCCCCGCGCCCCGCCAAGAGGAAGAAGGUUAUCGGCUUGGAUGAUCUUUUACUGGAUUACUUUGAAAAUGGUAAGGAUUUGCGCAAAGUUAGGGCUGCCAAGUCUAAGCAUGGCCCCAGGGGGGGAUAUGUUUCAGAUGAGGAAGACAAGGAGGUCAGGGAGGAUGAGAUUUGCAAAAUAUUUGAGGAUUGUGAGGAAAAGGCCAAAGGGUUGGAUGCUAGAGAUGAUGUACCCCCCUGGGGUCAACAAAUUUUUGGCUGCCAGAAGCUCCCUUCAAACCUUAGCGAUAUGGGAGUUGAAAAUUGCCAAAUGUUGCAAUCAUUCUGUGCAAGUGAACAUCUAGGUUUCGAUCUAGAGAUCCAACAAGGAGAGGGGUUUCUUGAAGGCAUGCUGAUGUAUGGAUGGCUUCUGAAGUUGGUUCGCAUAGGUGGUUCUGUUGAAGACUCCAUAGCAUCGUGGACACUAACCAAGUUGUUGUAUUCAUCCAAUAAGAAGUUACAAGUUUCUGCAACCGACUUUUGGGACAGUAUUCUUUCCCUAGACGAGGAUGAUAAACUGCUGGUCAACCUUGGAUAUUUUCCAAGCUACUCUGUUCUAAAAUGUGCGAUGCUUAGCUAUGGGUAUCUAUUUGAGACUCUUGGCACUAAAGCUUCAAUCUCUGAAAGUGCUGCUGCUGCAGAUAGCUCUGAUGUUGGUCCGCCUCAUAACAUCAUUGCAUGGGUAAGAGUUGUAUCUGCUUGCUGCAAAAUCAGAAAAGUGCGUCCCAUCUUCUCAGCUUCUGAGGCAGAAGAACUCCUUGUUAUUGUCAUUUCCCUCUUUUUGGACCGUGGGCUUGAAGGGCUGCUGGUUGUUUUGGGAGACUGCCUGAAUUCACUUGUAUUAUACUUCAACACAAGUGAGUGGGAAAGUAGCUGUGUGAUGGUGGCUGAAUCAAUCGCACAGAGGGUCACUAUGGACCUUAAUUGUUUAAGGAUAAUCGACUGCAUUACUGGGACCAAUAAGCGCAGCAAAUUCCUAAGGAGUCAGCUGGCACUUCAGCUGCUGAAGAUUAACUUUGGCCUUAAGGUGGGAAAUGUUGAAAAGAUGUUGAAGCUUGUUACAUCCAUCAACGUGAAGGAGAAAGAAUGUGAUUUUUUCAGGCUUUAUGUGUAUCUAGUAUUGAUGGACAACCUACUUUUCUCCAGUGGCGCAUUCAGAGAUAAGACUAUGAUCGUUGAUACCUGGCGUAAUUAUCUGCGCAACUGUUCGACACAGAUCGCAUGCACAAACUGGGGAUUCUAUGCUCCAAAGGUCCGAAACAAGGCUUCGUAUCUUCUGCAAGGUGCAGUAUUUAAGAAAUCUGGUGGCGUUUCUGCUCGGUGAUUGAGGGGCACAGUAUCUAAAGCACAAGUAGCAGCACCCUGUUCCGGUGCCAUUCGGUGGGCAACGGCCAGACGGUUUAUGGCACCAGAUAUUAGAUAGUUGACUAGUCACCCAGGUUUUUGUAUAUGGAAGAUAGACUGGGUCCGUUUUAUCGCCAGCUGAUGGGCAUACCAUGAUCAGAUGCACUGCUAGACUGCUAGUUUGCAGGCUCAACAUUAUGUAUGCUCAGCUUGCAGUGUGGGUUAGCUUUGACUAUGAGACUAUGGUGUGGCUUAUGUACCAUGGCAUGGCAGCAGCAAAAAUAGAGGUAGCCGGCCCGCAAUCAGCGCCGAGCUGAUCAUCAUCUGACACCUCACCUGAUGAUGAUGAUGAUGAUGCACCUCACCUGCUGGUAGCUGGCUGGCUGGAUCUCCUCUCUGACACCUUAGCAUAUUAGCGUGGCAUGUUACUGCCCAGAUUCCAUGCAUUGUUUUCGGAGUUGCCUGCUGGGGAGCACAUGGCCUGGAUGUAUUUGUUGUGUUGGUCUCUAUGGCCUAUGCUACCGACCCAUCUCGGUCAAGAAUACGAGUGAGCACGCCUUGUUUUGGAACAGAAA